GAUUUUUGCUACCCCCGUUUGAAAAACUCGGACAGAACAAUGAGACGGCAAGUGCUGUUGUUUAUCUCUCUCCUCUCUCUCGGUUCGGUGUUUGGCCAGGUCAGCUACUCGAUUCCUGAGGAAAUGACGAAAGGAUCUUUAGUCGGUAAUAUAGCACAAGAUUUAGGUUUAGACGUGAAACGUCUUAAGUCUGGCAAAGCUCGAAUUUAUACGCGAGACAGUGAAGAGUACAUCGAGCUGAAUAAAGAAAGAGGAGUCCUCCUUGUUAAAGAGCCGAUCGACAGAGAGGCGCUCUGCAGACAGACGACGCCUUGUGCUUUACAUUUUCAGAUUAUUUUGGAGAACCCUAUGGAAUUUUACACCAUCACAGUCCAGAUUACAGAUGUUAAUGAUAAUGCACCAACCUUUGAAAAAAGCGAAAUGAAAUUCAGAAUUAGCGAGUCUUCUGUCAUCGGUGCUAAAUUUGUCCUUGAAAGGGCUGUUGAUCGUGAUGUUGGCAGUAAUGAUCUUAAAAGCUACGAGUUAAAACCAACUGAUAAUUUUGAACUAAAACUGCAGAGCAACGAAGAUGGCAAUACAAAUGUUGAAAUGGUGCUGCAGAAGUCCCUAGACAGAGAGAAGGAAGAGCAGAUAUCUCUUGUGCUGACGGCCGUAGAUGGAGGACAGCCGCAGAUGUCUGGAACAAUGCAGAUUCUCAUUACUGUUCUAGAUGCUAACGAUAAUGCCCCUAUUUUUGCACAGCCUACAUACAAAACUACAAUUAUCGAAAAUUCCAGUAAAGGAACAGUUGUGGCAAUUGUCACCGCAUCAGAUGCAGAUCAUGGUUCUAACGGUAAAAUAACAUAUUCAAUCAUGAAUACAUUAGAUGAUGUAAGGAAAGUGUUUAAUGUAAAUAAGGAAAGCGGUGAAAUUAGUUUGGCUGGAAAUAUUGACUUUGAACAGUCUCGAAAUUUUCAAUUAAACUUAUUGGCAAGUGAUGAUGGAGGCCUCACAGAUUCUUGUAAAUUAAUUGUCGAAGUGGAAGAUGUUAAUGACAACAAGCCUGACAUUAACAUAAUGUCAAAGUCAAAUGUUAUAUCAGAAGGCGCCAAACCCGGCACGGUGGUUACAAUGAUACAUAUUGAAGACUUGGACUCAGGUGAAAACGGAAAAGUGAAAUGUUUUAGCAAUGACGAUAUACCAUUCACUAUGAAAAUGUCAACAAAUAAUUUUUAUAGUCUAGUAACAGAGAGCGAUUUGGACCGUGAGAGAGCCUCUGAGUAUAAUAUCACAGUGACUUGCUCUGAUGAGGGAAUCCCCUCCCUUUCCAGUAGCGUCACUCUCACCUUACAGAUCUCAGAUGUGAAUGAUAACGCGCCUGUCUUUGAGAGGAGCUCAUAUGAGGCCUACACUGUAGAAAACAACACCCCAGGACUCUCUAUAUUCAAAGUGAAAGCCAGAGACGCUGACUGGAACCAGAAUGCCCGUGUCUCUUACAUACUGGAGGACUCCUCGGUUAACGGAGUGCCCGUCUCCUCAUAUGUGUCUGUUGGUGCUGAUAGUGGAGUCAUCCAUGCAGUGCGCUCUUUUGACUACGAGCAGAUCAAAGAUUUCCAUUUUCGCGUUAAAGCACAGGAUGGAGGCUCUCCUCCACUGAGUAGCAAUGUGAGUGUGAAAAUACUGAUCCAGGACCAGAACGACAACGCCCCUCAGGUUCUGUACCCAGUCCAGACUGGUGGCUCUCUGGUGGCUGAAAUGGUGCCUCGUUCAGCAGAGGUGGGCUAUCUGGUGACCAAAGUAGUGGCUGUUGAUGUGGACUCUGGCCAGAAUGCCUGGCUCUCCUAUAAACUGCAGAAAGCCACAGACAGGGCGCUGUUCGAAGUGGGCUUACAGAAUGGGGAAAUCAGAACUAUCCGCCAAGUCACUGACAAAGAUACUGUGAAACAAAGGCUGACUGUUGUGGUGGAGGACAACGGCCAGCCCUCUCGUUCAGCUACAGUCAAUGUUAACGUGGCGGUGGCGGACAGCUUCCCUGAAGUGCUGUCGGAGUUCACUGACUUUACACAGGACAAGGAGUACAACGACAACCUGACUUUUUACUUGGUCUUGGCUUUGGCUGUGGUUUCCUUUCUGUUCAUCACGUGCCUGGUGGUUAUUAUAUCAGUGAAAAUCUACAGGUGGAGACAGUCUCGUAUCCUUUAUCAGUCCAACCUACCUGUGAUUCCAUAUUAUCCUCCACGUUACUCAGACACUUUGGGGACAGGGACUCUCCCACACGUGUACAAUUACGAGGUGUGCAGGACGACUGACUCCAGAAAGAGUGACUGUAAGUUUGGCAGAGCCGGUAGUCAGAACGUCCUGAUAAUGGAGCCCAGCUCAACAGGGACGAUGCAGCGGUUACAGAGUGACAAGAGCAUCCUGGAUGAACCAGACUCUCCUCUAGAGGCCAACGUGUUGCAGCCUUAG